GAGGGGAGGGAACACCAGUGUGUGUAUGCGUGUGUGUAUGUGUGUGUGUGUGUGAGAGAGAGAGAGAGUGAGCAGGGGGAGGAGAGGGAAGCAGCAGUGGCAGCGCUGCAUCAUCACUACUGCCACCACAGCAGAGAGGAGAGGCAGUUUACUGCCUGCCUCCCUGGUCUUGCGCUCUCUGUCUCUCUCAUACACACACAUUCAUGCACACACACUCUCUGACACACACACACACACUCUCUCACACACACACUGGAAGUCAGCCGGCUGCCUCUGAGCCUCAGUCGAAGCUCCACGGAGAAGAGAUCCCAGUGACAUUAUCCAUCACUUCUGGAUGUUCGCCUGCCAGCGCUCCUGCGCCUGUCUCCAGGACUCUUCCUGCUCGAGACGCUGCGUGUGUGUGCUGAAGUGUGUGUGUUCAUCCCCUGUCAGUGGACCAUGGACGAGGCUGCCACUUCCAGAUCUGACGCUGCUUGUUUGGACUGUCUUGCUUUUGUUUGCUGAGACAGCCGUCACUGUCAGUGUGGAGGAGUGUUAACAUUGGAGCUGCUGGGAAUUCCUCCAUUGUUUUUCCCUCCUUUUUCCGUCACAAAGAGCCGAGAAGUGGAUGCCUGGAUUUUUCGGUGGCUGUGUGCCGGCGCAGAGUGCUUACCUCAGGAUUUGCAGUAGAGGGGGGGGGUAUGAUAAACAGCUGCGAGGGGAGGACGGUGUGCACUGCAGCAUCAGACUGGCAUCUCUUGUUCUGUGGUGGAGAUUUUUUUGUGCUCCUUGAGGUAGCACACAUGCACGUAUUUCACACCCAGCAGCAGCAGCAGCAAGCUGCGUUCUGCACACACCGAUGGAUUACUGCUACUUUAAGGACGGGCUCGCCGCCUGCUGAGGGAGAAAAGAUGCUGAUUUAAGAAGAACCGGAGCGCUCUUUGUUUUGGGAGUAGAAGACGGGACGAGCAACUUCAGGAUUAAAACAGAGACUCAGGCGACAGGAUGACGGCCGCAUUGAGCUGAAACCGCCCCCUCCUGCUCCCUCCCUCCUCCAGUCUAAACAUGAACUCUUCCUCCAAUGCGAACCAAAGCGGCUCUCCCCCGUUCUGCCUGCUGGGCGCCGUGGGUUACUCCCGCAGCCUGGACACCUGCGUGCUGGAGGUGGUCGUCAUCCUCUUCCUCACCAUGCUCAUCAUUGCCGGCAACCUGGUGGUGAUCUUCGUCUUCCACUGCGCCCCACUGCUGCACCACCACACCACCAGCCACUUCAUCCAGACCAUGGCCUACGCCGACCUGCUGGUAGGCGUCAGCUGCCUGGUGCCCUCACUGUCCCUCCUCCACUACCUCCGUGGCCUGAAUGAGGAGCUCACCUGCAAGGCGUUUGGCUACAUGGUCUCUGUGCUGAAGAGCGUCUCUAUGGCGUCACUGGCGUGCAUCAGCGUGGAUCGCUACAUUGCCAUCACACGCCCUCUGUCGUAUGCCACACUGGUGACGCCGUGCCGGCUGAGGGUGUGCAUCGUUCUUAUCUGGGUUUACUCUGCUUUGAUCUUCCUGCCAUCCUUUUUCGGCUGGGGGAAGCCAGGUUACCAUGGGGACAUAUUUCAAUGGUGCGCAGACUCAUGGAAAACCAACCCGGGGUUCAGCACCUUCAUCGUGGCGCUGCUUUAUGCACCAGCGGCGCUCACCGUCUGCUUCACCUACGGGAGUAUAUUUCGGAUCUGCCGGCAGCACACGAGGGAGAUCACCCAGCGCCAUGCCCGCUUCAGCUCGCAAACGGAGGGCGAUAAAGGCGAGCGCGGGGAUCGCUGCGACGGCUGCACGGACAAACGCUACGCCAUGGUGCUGUUCCGCAUCACCAGCGUCUUCUACAUGCUGUGGAUGCCGUACAUCCUCUACUUCCUCCUGGAGAGCGCUGGGCUGUAUCACCACAAGGUGGCUUCCUUCCUCACGACGUGGUUGGCGAUUAGCAACAGCUUCUGUAACUGUGUCAUCUAUAGCCUCUCCAACAGCGUCUUCCGGAAGGGCCUCGGCCGCCUCUUCAGCCCGCUGUUUCCUGCCUGCCUCAGCUGCGUGGACGCGAAGAAGGCUCCGGCUCCUGUUGUCCCGCGACCAGACCCUCGAUGCCAAGUAUGAGCCCUGACGACGACAGAUUCGGUUUGGUCACUUUGGAGGCAUCGGCCCUCUGUGGUUGUGCUGCGCAGCAUGACACAGGUCUUUUUGGUCCCACAGUGAGAUGUGGCGAGGACCUGCACAGAGCCCGGAGAGGUGCCUGUGCAGAUGCCUGUCUGUUGUCUCAAAGGCUGAUUUUACGGAGGCUGUGAAGCUUUCUUGAAUGCUCCUGAGUGUGAUGCUGCUCUUUAUCACAAGCUGACGACACGGAGUUAAGAAGUUUGAUCCUGAUGACGGAAGCGGACUGUCGGAAUACAAUUCAUGUGUCACUUCAGAGGAUUUAAUAAACACUCCUGCCUGCACUGACUCCACAACUCAGAACCCAGAUGCAAAAAAAAAAGGAAAGCACAGUGCGACUUGUGCUGUGUGAUCCACCGAAAUGCAAAAAAUAAUUUAGAUCUUUUCAAGCCUGACUGAACAAUCUGCAAAUUAUCUUGGUUCUUUCAGGGUAGAAUUAGGUGAUGCAAAAAAAAAAAAAUGUUAACACUUGAAACAGACUGCUGAUCUGUUUCCCUUAGGGAACUUCAGAUGCUAAUGAGCGUCUGAAAAAUCAUCCAUCUGAUAAUCAGCCUGUGUGAGAGUGGAAAAUGUGUAUCAGAUGGACGUUAAGCUCAUUUCUCAGAGAGAAGAUUGAGGUUUCUUUCUGAGCUUGUGUGUGUUUUAGCUGGGUGUUAGUGGGAAGCUCCAAGUAUGUUUACACAGUCUCGGGUUUCACAUGAAAUAGUUGAUUUAAGAAUUAGCUUUACUUUCUAAGAUGGCCGCUGACCCGGGACGUUUUCCUGCCAGCACACGGCUGCGUAUCCUCGUCAGAGACAAUAAAUCAUAUUUAUUUGGAGGGUUGUAUUCUGUGUUUCCUCCUCAGGUUUAUCAGCAAGUUCUUUGUUAAGCCUCCGGGCUGUUUGCCUUUUGUUCUCAGCUGUACACGACUCUUAAAUCACAAGCCACGUAGCGUCUUAAGAUAAUCACCUCCUGACAUGUCGAGUGUUGAUAAUGAAUCUGCUGUCUGCCUUCAUGCAAAGACUAACUUCACUGUAGUCUGUUACUUUAUUGCUCAUAUCUGUGUUUCAACCCUCCGGCAGCUGAUCGCUGUUCAGAUCAGUGUGAAGUGGAGAGGAGUGUUAUCGCCGUGCAUCACGAGCCCGACCUCACAGUGUAAGAGGGUCAGAGCACUUUCUCUGACAGCCAGUGACCGCGUGUGACUUCAUGUAAAUACACUUCAGAGUUUAAAUAUUUAAGCAGCGGCUAACUUGGCCCUUUGGAGGCCCCUGAUGUACAAAGUAGAUCUCUAGGGUUAGAGAUGAUUUCGUGGAUGAAGUGUUUAUGUUUUAUAAGAUAAUUUAUUUGUCACAGCCAAGAGGUCUGACGUGCUGCACUUGAGAUUAAACCUGUCUUUUUGUAAUGAUGAGAAGUUUCUUUAUAACCUGCAGGAAGGUUUAAAAUGUGGAGUUUGGGGUUAAUAUCACAAUGAAAUGUGUUUUUCAGAGCGUCUUGCUCCUGAAUUUGACGUAGUUGUGGUCGAAAAGGACAAGAAAACAAACAAACAAACUUAACGAGACGAUCGUUCAGAAAGAAAACUCAAUAACACACUCCAGCUAAAAGUAAAUGGACACCAGAGACCACAUACGUUUAAAGACGUUCUGUCAUUUUGGGCUCUUUUACAUCCAGUGAUUGUAAAUUUCAAAGCAAAGCAUACACUGGUAUAACAGGCAAAACACAGCAGUUUACCACAAUAUAAUUUUUUUACCAUCUAAAAAACAUUAUGCCAUAGAAAUGUAUAUUUCCCAUGACAGCUGCAUGCAGAAACUUCCAGUAAAUUUGAAAACUGAACCGAAAACCAAACAGUUGCUCCACUCUGGUGUUGUUGUUUACUGUGUGCUUCAUUUAUUUACUGGUGUAUCAAAAGGUAGGCUAGGCCAGAACUAUUGGUUACUGUCUGUAAAAGUAAAAGCUAACCCCGGAUUUAUUCUCAGUCUGAAACUAGUUCUGUCCGCUUGGCAUUUUGCCUCACUGUAUUUGUGUUAUUGCAGUGCUGUGUCAUAGCUUCCUCUUCAGUGCCUGCUGCUGACGGUCUGGCACCUGGUUUUUAUAAAGUCCUGAUCUCACCUGUGUGCUGUGCCCAGUAGGGCUGCGUAUGGCUACUUAAUACCUUUACAGAAAUAACCUAGUAGUAUCGAAACGUCUUCGGUCAAACGAUGCAUUCAGUCGUUUUUGCGCUGGGUUCCUGAUCCUGGAUUGUCGUCUCCAGAGCGGCUCUCUUCCUGGCAAAUGGUCAGUACAACGUCUGCCCGCUUAGCUUGAGCUAGCACAGCAGCAACAACAGUGAACGUCCAACACUGAGCUGUUAAACGGUUCCAAAAAAACUCACACUGACACCGGAACCGCGUGACUGUCGUUAUACCCGUUAAUAACUGUUAGGUAAUGUUAGCCUUGUGAUGCAAACAAUUUGCCCAGCAUAAAGCUCACACUCCUACAGCUCAUAUAGUGUGGUUUGGUGAGAUGCCACAAAAUGUUUAAAAGUAUGGCUAUACCACAAGCCCAUGCUCUCACUGUAAGUGUUCUGAUAUCCUGAUUUUUUUAAACGAUACCUUGCCCUUGUGCCCAUGAACGUCCUCAAUGCAGAAAAUAAGACAAUCCAGACAGGUCAGAGACUCUGCAGACAAAUACACCGCCACACACUGAGAGUGGGUCGUACUGUAAGUGGUGCUCGAGAGGGAUUACUUUUGUAAGAGUCUAUAUUUUUUAGGGAAAUCCUGCAGAGCAUACCUUCAACAGAGAAAGCUCACAUUAAUAAACAUUUGCUGCCAGCGAGCCAGAAAUAGCUAAAAUGCUGAAGAACCUGCUGUUCCAUUUCCUGCUGGAGAAACCACCAGCUAGGCACGAGAGCUUUAUCAAGUCUGGGUUAGCCGUAGCUUAAGAGGCAGUUUUACUUUUUCCUUGAUGAACAGACUUCUUGAUAAUAUGACCCCACAUUAAUAAGGCUGUAGCUAAUUCAAGCAUGAUGGAGUAAUGCCUGCUUAACUGGUCUCGCUGAAAAUUAAGUCUACAGUGGAGUUCACAUGAUUUAUUGUGGUCAAACUACUUAUAAAUCCCUGUAUACAUUACAUUUACUGUGUUGGUUUCAAGGUAAUUAUCAACAGAUACUGGGUUGAGAGCUUGAAGAACACGUCUGGUUUGUCUGCACUGAAUUAUUUUCACACAUUUCCUGAACAUGGUCCAAAUACAUAGUGCAGAUUUAAGGUGUUAUGUUUGUUCUGUGCCAAGAAUUUAGAAAUGCAUCACAUCUAUCUGUUACACAGUUUCCCAGCCGGCCUGAAUAUGUUAAACCCUUCAGCUUUUCUGUAGGGUGCCCACAGAUACUUGGUCGUACCGUCUAUGAAAUAUGUACGAAAUGUGAUUUUAAAUGUUUUCCUGGCAGGAUUUUGAUAAACAGACAUGAGGAAAAUUAAAAGAUCUGCAUUUGUUGUCAUACAUGUGUACUGUCACAAGGGCUAUCGCUGUAGAAUCACAGAAAAAGUCAAGAUUGAAAGCUCGUUCUUGACCAUGGAAGCCAACCCAGUCACCAGAGAAAAUGUAUGUUUCUGCAAAACACAGAUGCGUUGUAUUUCUAUGUUAUUAUGAAGUGGAUACAUCACAUUUUAUGUUUUAACAAUGCUGUGGUUAUAUGGUUCAGUUUAGCCACACAAGUCUGUGGGAAAAGGUCAUGUUGUGGCCUAAAAUACCCAGUUCUGGGUGCACAAUCCAAUUUGGAAAGGCAGUGAUGUCUCAACAGCUCUUUGUGCCACUGUCCCGCUGGAAAUAAAAAGCAUCCACGUUUGGUGCCUGAAAAGCUGCUGGAAACACAGCAAUGAAAAAACAAUCUGUUUUGUUUGUUGGUCUUGAACAGUUGUCUGCAGCUUAGGAGGCGAUGCUGUCUCCCUCGACAUCUCCUCCACCUCCUGAUGACAGAGUCAGCUCAUACACUGCAUCACGUUAGAAAUGUUUACGAUACAUGUGCAGUGUCGGGAAGGUUAGUUUUGAAAUUUAAUGAGAGAUUAAUAGUUACCCUGUUAAAAAUAUAAUAAGUAAUUUAACUAUUUUAACUACUUCAUCAAAGUAAUGUAACGUAUUACAUUUGAUUACUUUUAUUAUGUGACUUACUGGGGUUACAUUAACUAACCUAUAGAGGUUUUGUCAGAAUUGAUAUUGAGCAUUUUAAUGUUGACAGCAGUAGUGUCAGAGCCUUUUCUGAUUUCAGAAGGAAAAUAUAGUUAAAUUCUCGCACUAAAGGAAUUAUGUCUUACAACACGGUAGUCGGCUGGUCAUAGCCAGGCAAUGGCAGACUUAAAGAGGUACUUCACUUAUUUUUAGAGAUGUACUAAUACCACUUUUUCCUUACAGAUACCGAUCCCUGAACCUUAGGUAUCUGCCGAUACUGAGUACCGAUCCAAUACCAGCACGUAAAAUAAAAAUGGAUGGGAUAUGAAUUGUUUUAUGUCUCAACUCCUAAAA